AUGGCGUCGUGGCAGUACGCCGUCGACCGCUUCUGCUGCCAGUAUCUGCAGCUGGAGCAGGACCUCGAUUUUCCCUCGGCCGAUUGCCUUCCACUGGACGUCGUGCAGGACGCCAUCUUCAGACGCUUGUUCGCCCUCGGAGCCGUUCGCCAUGGCCCGCCCGUCCGCUACCAGGUCCGGACGCUCAAGGAGCUGGUGUCGCGCAUCACGGCCUCGAUAGACGACUGGGACGAGCACGCCGUGUCCGAUAAUCUCAUGUCGGCCCUCUCGGGUCUGCUCUCGACGCCGCUGCCCGCCGAGGCGGCGUCGGCGCGGCAGAGAUGCUACGUGACCUACCGCCUGUCCGCGCUGGCCCGGGACCCCGACGAGGUCGGUGGCGGGUCGGCCGAGGUGCCCGACGUGACGCUGCUCGAGAGCCGCUCGCUCAUCUCGGCCGGCGGGACGACGGGGCUGCGCACCUGGGAGGCGGCCCUUCAUCUCGGCCAGUACCUCUGCGCGAACGCGGCCAUCGUCUCGGGGAAGCGGGUGCUCGAGCUCGGAGCCGGCACCGGAUACCUCUCCAUCCUGUGCGCCAAGCACCUCUCCUGCGCCUCGGCCGUCGCCUCGGACGGCUCCGACGACGUCGUCGACCACCUCGCCGACAACCUGCUCCUCAACGGCCUCCGAGACGCCUCUCGCGUGCGGCCGACGACGCUCAAGUGGGGACAGGCCCUCGUCGGCGUCGACGAGCGUCCGGGGAACGGCGGGGGGCCCGUCGACGUCGUUCUCGGCGCCGACAUCACGUACGAUCAGAGCGUCCUGCCGGCCCUCGUCGCCACCCUGCUGGGCCUUUUCGAGCUCUACCCCCUCGUCGAGGUGUACAUUUCGGCCACGCAGCGGAACGAGGAGACGUUUGAGGCGUUCCUAGACGCGAGCCGGCGGAAGGGCCUCGUGGUCGAGGACAUUGAGUUCCCGAUGCCGACCCGGCAACGGCAGCAGGCUCCGUUCUACAGCGGCCGAGUGCCCAUCCGCCUGUGCGGCGUGUCCAAGGCUGGGCGCCAACCGUGA